AUGGGGAAAUGGUAAUGUUCCUACUGGACAAUGGGGCUUCAUCUCAGUCCGAGGACAGGACAAUGUCAAAGGACAAAGGACCUCAGUCUGGACAAUGCCCAAUGUACUCGGCCAUUAAGAACAGGCAUUUUACAGUAAUCAAGCUCCUGCGGUUGAAAGGAUUCACUGUGAACCUACUGCCAGUGAGAAUUGCCAUGGAAAUGAUCCAAGCAGUACAGAAGAGAGAUUAUGCACUACUGCAUGCCUGGUUUCUGUCAGGGGUGGACAUGGACACCACUGACUACAGUAAGCGGACAGCAAUGCAGGAGGCUGAUCGCUUAGGUGAUAACACCAUGAUCUCCAAGCUAUUGGAGUAUGGAGCCACGCCACUGUCCUCUGUACCCGUGUAGAUAGGAGGAGAAGAGUCUCGCUGCAAUCACUUCUGCAGACUCUCGGCCCUAUAAACAUGCAAAUAGUUCUGUUCUUUUUUCUUUUUAUGUUC